UGAAUUUACUUCAUAUGCUGAUGGGGAGCAUUUCAAAGAAAAUACACUACUUUCAGGGGAUGAGUUCACCAUUGCGCUUAUCCUGUACGUAGAUGACUUCGAGGUAGCAAAUCCACUGGGAACCUCGAAACUAAAACAUAAAAUGUGCGCCGUGUACUGGACUAUUGCUAAUCUACCUGCAAAGUAUAGAUCUACACUCAACUGCAUUCAGCUUGGUCUCCUUUGCAACACCACCACUAUUAAACAGUGUGGAUAUCGGAAAGUGCUUGAGCCUCUAAUUAAUGAUUUGGCCACAUUAGAAAAGCACGGUGUUUUUGUGGAAAAGUUAGGUGCAAGUAUCAAAGGAACAGUAUCGUUUGUUGUUGCCGACAACCUUGCAGCCCAUUCUCUUGCAGGCUUUCAAGAAAGCUUUACAGUUCAGAAAUUUUGCAGAUUCUGUAUGGCAUCCAAAAGUGACAUCCAACAAAAUGAUGCAUGCUCUGGUGUCUUUCAGAUCAGAGACCAAAUAAAUCACGACAGGCAUGUUCAAGAUGUGUUAAAAGACCCACAGUUUUGUCAGAACACUGGUGUAAAAGGUGUAUGCCCUCUUACAGAGAAACUGGAACAUUUCCAUGUCGUCAAGGGUUAUCCUCCUGACAUUUUACAUGAUGUUUUGGAAGGGAUUGUCCCAGUAGAAUUAUCUCUGUGCCUGUCAGAACUGAUUAGCCAGAAGUUUUUCUCUCUUGAUGAAGUAAAUCAGGCUAUUAAAACAUUUGACUAUAGUUUUUCGGACAAGACUGAUCAGCCACAAACAAUCAGUAAAGGAUUUUCAGCCAAAGGGACCAUCGGUGGUAAUGGCCAUGAAAACUGGUCUUUAAUCAGACUAUUACCGUUUCUCAUAGGCCACCGUGUUCCAAAAGGAGUCAGAGCGUGGGACAUUCUCAUGCUACUCAAGGACAUUGUGGAGCUAGUGGUAAUGCCUAAACACACGGAGGAAACGCUGUGUUUUCUUGACAGCAAACUGCAGGAACACAGAGAACUGCUGCAAGCAACAUUCCCUAGCUUUAGAUUGCGGCCAAAGCACCAUUACGUAGAACACUACCCUCAGCUGAUAAGAAAAUUUGGUCCAUUAACUGAUGUUUGGACUAUACGCUUUGAGGGGAAACAUAAAUUUUUCAAAAGAGCUAUAAGGGAAGCACAGAACUUCAAAAAUGUGGCAUUGACGCUUGCAAUGAAACAUCAGAAAGCAAUUAGUUAUUAUUUGGACUGCAAUUCAUUUUUCAGGCCACCAGUUGAGCUGACAAAAGUUUCUAAGGUUUUGGUCUCAUCUUACUCCAUUGAUGUUCAGAGAGCUCUCCCUCAAAGUAUAUCUGCUCCUGGAUCAGUACUUGUUGCAUCAUCAGUCUGCAUCGAUGGAAUCAAAUAUAAUGUAGAUAUGAUCCUCUGCAUUGGUUCCUGUUCAGGUCUGCCUGCUUUUGGUCAGAUCACACAUAUCAUUGCUUCAAACACUGAAAUCAUGUUUGUCUGCAGAAAAAUGACCGCAUGGUAUGAGGAGCACAUUCGGUCCUACGAGUUAUGUCACUCCUUGGGUUCAUUUUGUGUGACAAAGUGGUCUGAUUUGACUGACGUUUUCCCGCUAUGUGCUUACAAAAUACAAGGGAAGCUUAUGGUUACUCUCAAGCGAUUUGUACUUUGUUAAAACAAAUCAAACAAGAAUACUCAAAAAUCGUAGUGGAUAAAUACACAAAAUCUGAAAAAAUGAUAUAGCUGAACAUGAAGUGAUUUAGAUGGCUGAUGUUAUAAUAUUCAUCCAAACUGGCUACCCAGUUGUGGUUAGUCAGUCACUAAAGCCAAAUUCAUACAUACGUCCUCUUCUUACAUUAUCCAGAGGAGGGCGAAUGUUUGAAUUUUGCUUUUUAUUUGGCACUGGAUAAGAAAAUUAAUUAAUCAUAUAGCCUUGGCCAUCUAAAUCAAGACAUGUCCAGCUUUAUUUAUUUACUGGAGUCAGAUAAAUUUGCUAUAACAUGCUGUUUUGUUCCCUAGAUGGCAGAAACCAAGAUGACCAUGAGACUUAUUGUGAAUAAAGGGAACAUUCGAAAACUAACGGUAAAUCCACGUCCUAAUACAGUCGAUGAUUUAAUCAACUGGAUCAAGACAACCAUUCAAGCAAAUUACGAGUUUACUUUGCAAUAUGACGAGCCUGAAUUUGACAAUGCUCCUGUUAAUCUGAGAGAUAUGUCCGAAGUUCCAGAGAAGCCAACAAUUCGUAUCAUCCCAAUCAUAAUGCUUACACCAGUGCCAGUAUUGGACAGCUUUAGUGAGACAAGCAGCCAGGCAGAUACAGAGAUCUUGUCUGUCUCAUCAUCAUCGGUGGAGGUGCGCAAAGAGUGGCCUGACCCGUUCAUCAUUCCAAAGUUUUCCGUUAGUGUAGAAUACCAACUUCGCCAAGGAAAUCUUACAUACCUCCGUGAUGCAACCUACCUCAAAAUCUCAAAAGACCUGAAGCAUUGCAUCCUUGACAGGCUGGCCGAGGCUAUUUAUAGUUAUAAAGCCUACCCAGAAGACAAGGACAUUGAUGAUGUAGCAAAGGCCUUAGUAGCGGAACAUCCAUGCCUCAAAGAACGAGGCUCAUCAUCUGGCUAUCAAGGUUGGAAGAACAGCCUUAAAUUUAAAAUGGGCAACUACAGAAAUGAUAUGCGCAAGCUGGGACACCCAGAUGUAACUGUAAAUGCAGGCAAACGUGGAAAAUGCAAUUCUGAUGGUGAACCUCCACACAAAAACAUAAAGAAACCACGAAAAGGAGAAGUAAACUACCUCCCAGACUUCCCAGAGGGAAUGGAUAGCGCUAGUCUUGAAACUGCCCGAGAAGCCAUGGUUGAUGAAAUGAAGAAAAAAUCUCCGGAUGUUUCCAUCAUAAAACAUGCUAUGAACAUCACUUUUGCCUUAAGAAGAGCAGAAGUAGUGAAGGAUAAGCCUGACAUCAGCCAGAUGGUUCAGCGGUGGCCAGCGCUUUUUACUGAAAGCCAGGUCAACUUGGAAUUCAACAGAAUUACUGGAAAAAGUGUCAUAGGAGUAUUCUUUUCUGCUCUGGAUGGUCUGUAUCCUGGCUUAGAAGAGGUCUUCACGAGAAAGACAGGACGUGUGGGCCAAGAACUGGCAGACCUUCGGAAGCAAAAGCAGAGCAUGGAGCCCACUGUCAACAGAUGUUACGCCUUGAGGGGACUUCCAAUUAUUCUUGGGGACAAUGCCUCCAAGUUCUUUACGAGUCAAAAA